UUUGCAACCCAAUGUUGGAGUUCUGGCCUGAUAAUUUGGGCCAUAGAGAAUCCAAAUGCUAAGCUGGGCUUGGUGGAAGUGUAAGGUGAGGUGAUUAGCGCUGACGCUGAAAUAUAGAGUAGAGUCAGCAAGAACGAAGGGGUUUGUACUCUGCAUCUGCACUUCGGACCUUGCAAGAUCCAGUGCUGUAAUCUCUGCAUUCUCUAAUGGCUCCAAAACCGAUUACGAGUCCUGUGCCCGAUUCGUGGUACCCCACACUCUCCGUCUUUACCCUCGCCAUCGGCCUCGUCUUAACCGCAUCUUUCUUCAUUUAUGAAGCAACCUCUUCUAGGAAAACUCGUUCACUUGUUCAGGAGCUUGCAACUGGAGCAGUUGCAUCAGUCUUCUUGGGUUUUGGGUCCUUGUUCCUCUUAAUUGCUUGUGGCGUUUAUGUCUAAUUAAACAUUGAAUUGGAUGAAAAUUUUGUGAAGCAAAUAGUUUUAUAUGACUAAAAGUUAUGAUCUUGAUCUAUCAAUGACAAUGUUGGUUAUGUGUAAUGUUCAAGAAGAUUAUGAUAUAUGAGGAUAGCUUUUAGACAUGAAUCUGCGUUACAUUUCUAUAUACUGAAUGCUGAUGAACAUUAUGGUUGAUAGUAUAAACAGCGUAAAUUUAUCUGA